AUGGAGCUUAGAGUCCCCAAGGAGCAGCAGGCCAGUGGCUCUCCUGCAUCCACCUUUGCUAAGUGCUUCCAACUCCGGGCUGGAGGACUCUUCUCUACUGAGCGCCACUUAGCCAAUCAGCUCAAGAAAAACAGCUUUUACCCCUUCAAGCAGCAGCAGCCGGAUGUCUUUGUGCUCGAGUACUACUUAGACACGCUCUGGAAGGGGAUACUGCUCUUUAUCAUCUGCCUCAUCUUCAUUUCCUGUAAUAUCCUGAAGGAGGUAGACCAUCAGAAGACCUGGUGCUUUCCUGUCUAUGGCAUGGCGAUAGGCCUGUGGCUCAUGCUCUCCUCAGUGCCCCAGCGCCGCCUCGUGCUCAACCACACGCGCGGCAUGUACCACUUCUCCAUCCAGGGCCGUACUGUUUGUCAGGGGCCAAUGCAUCUGGUCUACGUGCGCCUGGCACUCAGCUCUGAUGCCUAUGGAGGUCGCUUCUACCAGCUGGUCCUUUGUGGCCACAAGCUAGAGCCACUUGUGCUGGUGCAGCUGUCAGAACGCUAUGAGCAAAUGGAAUUCUUGGGCCGGCACAUUGCCCGGAAACUCAACAUCAACUACUUUGACUACCUGGCUUCCUCCUAUCGUCAUGUGGUCCGCCACUGGCCACUGGGGGCCACCUUUAGCCCUGGUAUUGUGCAUCGAAAAACACCAGUCUUCACUAAGUCAAGUGUCAGCGAACUGGAUGUGUAACCCCUGGGGCCUGAACCCUGGCCUCCUUUUGCCUACCCUACCUCCCUUAUCCCCAACAUGGAGGGACUGACACCCAGCCCCACCUACUGCCCUUCCUCUAACUAAAGCUGCUUUAGCCUCCAACCAGCAGGUUUCCUGUCUGUUGGUUUGAUUUCAAAGGGGCUUCCUUUCAGGGUCUUCCCCUAACAGACCUUCCAGGGCCCGGGGAACCGCAUCUUCUCCAGCUGCUGGAGCAAACCCCAGAGUUUGGGUUGGAAGAAGAUGGGAGAAUAUCAGGGGAGGGCCCCCGAGUGUCUGAACUCAUCACCAGACCCAGGACUUUCUGCCCCUCUAAGCCAGCAAAGUUGAACUGGUGCAAACCAAUCAAGGCCAGGAGUCAGACUAUGAUUGGUCUAUCUGACUUAGGCACCUGCCCCUAGUCCAGCCAAUCAUGGUAUGGAGCACAGUCAGAUGAUAUGCCUUGGACCUUUUGUUAUAUUCGGGACUAUGUACCCCAAUGUUGCUUUUGAACACUUGGCUUCCAGAGUCCUCAGCCCAGGGUUACCAGACCCACCAUAGCAUAUGCUUUGUAUCCCCAGUGAACUCCCUGUCUGGCAGAAUACUCUCGCUCCCACACUAGCACCUGAGGCUGCCCUGGGAACAGAGGACCACUGUCCACCUGACUCUGUGGUCACCAUGUGUACCUGGUACCAGGACUUGCUUCAUAAUUUGCAGAGCCACAAAAUAAAAGUGUAGAGCCCUUGUUAAAA